AUGGGCAGAUCCACGCAAUCGUUGGGACUCGCACCUCCCGCCGUGCGACGGGACCAGAGAGCCAAGCUUGCCCGCCACAUUGUCAACAAAGUCGUGCCUGCAAUUCUAGCAUCCAAUGCACGAGCUAGAAAGGGUGCGGAUGGGAGCCAGCUUUUUGUGGAUCCGCCGGCGAACCGUUAUGGAGAUGAGGAACCAGGAAGGAGCGAAACGCACGGGAAAGGGAAGGAUGAGGAGGUAGAGACAAUGUAUGUGAAGAGAAAAGGGCAGGGGAGGAGGAAGAUCAAGGAGCGGGAUGGAGGUGUUCUGAGGGAAGAAAACGGAAACUCGAUUGGAAAGAAAGGAAAGAGGCGAGCUUCAUGGGAAGAAGGGCUUAUGUCCUCAUCCAUCGCUCCGUCGGAGCAGGACAAUACAGGAACACGUACUAGAAAAGGAAGGAACAUCCGCAUCAUAACCACGGAUACACUCACUGCAGCGCACAUGCUUACCUUCCCCGCUCGAUACCCAGACGUGUCCCAGAUCGCUCCAUUCAAGAAGAAAGACCCGAACGUGUGUAUCCUGAACAUGGCCUCACCUCUCCGUCCCGGAGGUGGCAUCCUCGCAGGUGCAACCUCACAAGAGGAGUUCCUCUGUGCACGCACCACCCUCCUCCCCUCGCUCAAAGACUCAUUCUACCGCCUGCCAGAAGUAGGGGGAGUGUACACACGCGAUGUGCUUGUUUUCCGUGACUCUGCUCCUUUGGGAGAAGGGACAAAAGGGGAGCUGGGACCAGGGGAACGAUGGUGGGUCGAUGUCGUGACUGCGGGUAUGCUGCGGUUCCCUGAGCUGGAAGGGGAAGAAGGUGAGGAGAGGAGAUUGAGCAAGAAGGACAGGGACCUCGUGGUGCGGAAGAUGAUGGGUGUCAUGCGUAUCGUAGAAUCCCAGGGGAUGAGGAGGUUAGUGUUGGGUGCUUGGGGAUGCGGGGCGUAUGGAAACCCUGUUCGCGAUAUUGCGGAGGCAUGGAGAAGGGUCCUGGAUGGGGAGGUCGGACGAGAAAGGAAGGGGAAAGGUGCUGCGAAAGAAGAGGCGGAAACUUGGGACCACAUUGAAGAGGUUGUCUUUGCGAUCUCGAACGCGAAGAUGGCAACAGAGUUUGCUGAAUCAUUUGGUGGCGGUAUUGCAGUGGAAGCCGGUCCAGGCGGGCACGAAGUGGACGAAGAAGGAGAAGAAGACAAAGUCGCCCAGGAGUUGAGGUCUAAGAUAUCGGAGAUGGAGGCGCAGCUCGCCCAAGUGUGGAAUCCGGAUCUGAAAACAAGGAUGGGCGUCGUUCUGGAUGGUCUCCGGUCUCAGCUCGCUGAGCGCGAAAGCAGUGGAGGUGACGAGAAUCAUGCGGAUGAAGAUGAAGAAGAA